AUGAACAGACUAUUUGGAGGCGGCAGCAAGGCACCCAAGCCCACUCUCAACGACGCCGUGGACUCGAUCGACGGCCGGAUGGCGUCGCUGGACGUGUCUCUGUCCAAGCUCAACUCGGAGCUGUCGGCCUACCAACAGAAAAUGUCCAAAAUGCGAGACGGCCCCGGAAAGAACGCCAUGAAGCAAAAGGCGCUCAAGGUGCUCAAACAGCGCAAGCAGAUCGAGGCGCAGAAGGACCAGUUGCAGUCACAAAGCUGGAACAUGCAGCAGGCGCAGAUGACGACCGAGAACCUCAAGAACGUCAUGGUUACCGUGGAUGUCAUGAAACAGACCAACAAGGAUCUAAAGAAGCAGUACGGCAAGAUCAACAUUGACAAGAUUGAAGAUCUGCAGGAUGAAAUGGCGGACUUGUUGGACAUUUCUUCCGAGAUCCAGGAGACCAUGUCCAGGAAUUAUAAUGUUCCGGAUGACGUGUCUGAGAGUGAGCUGGACGCGGAGCUGGAGGCUCUGGGCGAGGAGCUCGAGUUUGAGGCCAACGAGGGCGAGUCUGUGCCUAGUUAUUUAGAGGAACAGGUACCUCAGUUUGUGGAUGAGCCUGUGGAGGAGAGUCAUAAGGUAGCGGCUAGCUGA